AUGUAUCUCUAUAUUUUUGAAUAUCCAAAAACUUAUCUAUCAUAUGUUGUUGUUUUUUUAUUUACAGUUGAAGAAUAUAUAUCAGUUGCCAAAGAAAAAUAUGGUUACAAUGGAGAGCAGGCAUUGGGUAUGCUAUUCUGGCAUAAACAUGAUCUUGAGCGGGCAGUUAUGGAUUUGGCAAAUUUCACACCAUUCCCCGAUGAAUGGACAGUCGAGGAUAAAGUGUUAUUUGAACAGGCAUUUCAAUUUCAUGGCAAAAGUUUUCAUCGUAUACGUCAAAUGUUACCCGAUAAAUCAAUUGCUAGCCUGGUAAAAUAUUACUAUUCCUGGAAAAAGACACGACAUCGUCAAAGUGUCAUGGAUCGCCAGGAAAAAGUAAAAGCUAGCAAAGAGGGUUCUUCAGAAAAUGGCAGCGAUAAUGGCAGUAACGAAGAAUCCGACAAUGAUGACAAGGAUCAAACAUUGUCAAGCCAUGCAGGAAUUUUAUAUGAUCAAACAAAUGAUUCGAGUUUAUUGCAUGAUGGUGGUGGUGUUGAUAUAGAAAAUCAUUUUCCAAAUUCUGCCAAUAACAAUAACAACAACAGCAGCAGCAACAACAAUAAUAAACAGCAAUCUCAUACACCAACAAUUUCAAAUUCCGAUUCAAUUUAUUCAAAUGGUAUAGCUGCUGCCACAACAAAUGCCACAUCAUCUGCUGCAGGCGCAGGCGGUCUCAUUGCUGGUGGUGGUAGUGGCGGCGGUGGUUAUUGUUCAAAUUGUGGUGUAGCCUGUAAUGUAUUACACAAUUCACCACAUGGUAAAAUGUGUUUCAGUUGUCAUCAUCACUGGAGACGCACUGGCAAUAAACGUCCCACAUCUGGACCAUUUUUUGGCAAAAGAUCUCGUGAUCGUAAUGCAGAUCGUCACAAACGUAAACCACCACGUGGCAUGUAUAUAAAUCAUGAUGAUAUUGUGGCCUUGGCCAGUGCCAAUGAUAAUCAAGAUGAGCUAUUGGCAAAUAUAGAUCGUGAAAUUGUAUCCCUUUUGAGUCAAGUACAAUUGAAUAAGCAGAAUAUCUCAGCGUUGAAACGUAAAAAUUCCGACAAUUUGGAAGAUAUACGUCCAACGGAAAAUGCAAAUCGUGUUAACGCUCGUUGGACAAAUGAUGAAAUUCUAUUGGCCGUCAAUGGUGUACGUAAAUAUGGUAAAGAUUUUCAGGCCAUAGCCGAAACUUUGGGUACCAAAACUGAAGCAAAUGUUCGUACAUUUUAUAUAAAUAAUCGACGUCGUUACAAUUUGGAUCAAUUGAUAAAGAAACAUGAAGCCGAGAAGGAAGCUAAUGCUGUUGCUGCGGGUAGUGCUACUUCCAGCUCGACGACACCAGCAAAUGUAACAUCGUCUGCUAGUUCCACCAUUACAUCUACAUCUUCAGCUUCGUCGAAUGCCAAUAUAGCCACAGCUGCUGGUUUGGAUGCUGCUGUGAGCAGUAAUACUUUGUCGUCUACAACCAUAAAAGACGAAGUAACACAAAUUUCGUCAAAGAAAACAAAUGUACCGCAAAGCAUUGUUGAUGAAUCGGAUAACACUACCUCAAGUGAGACGGCCAUAUCGAAAUCGACGAUUUCCACAAUUACCACAUCGGAUGAUCGAAAAUGUGAGAGUAGUUUAAGUAUUGGCAAUAAGGAUAAUGUCAUUAUGGAGAUUGAUUUAGAUGCCGAUCAACCUGAAGCUGUGCCACAGCCACCACCAGCCAAAAAGAUGGCAUUAAGUAUUUCUAGUCAGGAAUUUCCCAAAUCCAGUCCUGUAUAA